CAAUAUUCGAUCUUUGUCCCAUCUCUGAAGAAAACCUCGACAGAAAGAAAGAAGCGAAAGCAUGGCAGGUGUUGGACCGAUGACUCAGGAUUGGGAACCAGUGGUUAUCCGUAAGAAAGCUCCCAACUCCGCGGCUAAGCGCGACGAGAAGACUGUCAACGCUGCUCGUCGUAGCGGCGCCGAAAUCGAAUCCGUCAGAAAAUUCAAUGCGGCAACAAACAAGGCGGCUUCGAGCAGCACUUCCUUGAACACAAAGAGGCUUGAUGAUGACACUGAGAACUUAGCUCAUGAGCGUGUGCCUACUGAGUUGAAGAAAGCCAUAAUGCAAGCCCGAGGGGAGAAGAAGCUGACCCAGUCCCAACUCGCUCAGCUGAUCAAUGAGAAGCCACAAGUGAUCCAAGAAUACGAGUCUGGGAAAGCAAUACCGAAUCAGCAGAUCCUUUCUAAGCUGGAGAGAGCACUUGGAGCUAAACUCCGUGGAAAGAAGUAAUAACAAAACCUCCUUCAAAGUUAAAAACUCUAAUCACGGUUCUGUCUCCAGUUCAUAAACUAUGGUUUAGUAUCUCGCUCUGUGAUGAACUCUUUUAUGGUGUAAGAACGAAACAAAAGCUGUUUGGAACCUUUUGUCAUUAUAAAUAAUCCCUUUGUUCUCUUUGCAUCAUCAUCAUCAAUCAUGUGGAU